AUGGCAGAGCCUUCAAGUUCCGCCGCAGCACAGGAGCCGUCUGCUGGGCGUGCCGAGAUCAAACCGUCUACCGCAGGUGAAGGACAUCGAAAGCGCAAUCGGAUCAGAUUCUCCUGCAGCCACUGCCGCGAAAAAAAGCUCAAGUGCAAUCGAGCGUCGCCUUGCGAUCAGUGCAUCAAGCGCGAUAUUGUCGCCUCUUGCGACUAUGUGCCAUACCUCUAUCCGCGCACAGCCACGAGGCAACCGGCACCGGUCCCUCAAGCGUCCAGUCAGCCCCAGGGGCUCGCUGACACGCCCACGCUGCAGGCUAAGCUUAAACAUCUGGAAGAUGUCUUGAGCGAUGUUCGAGCAAAACUCGCUGAGCGCGGCAUCGUCAUGGACGAUGUUUUCGGCCAAAAGGGUGGUAGUUUGUACGGCCGAACGCGCUUGCCUGAGACUCCAAGUGAUCUGAGCGGCAUCAAGGAACCAACCCCCGCUGGACCGAUGGUUGAUAAACUGCGCUACGUGGACUCCGCCAACUGGGAAGCCAUUCUCGAUGAUGUCACCAGGCUCACCGACGAGCUCAAGACGACCGACACUGGUCACGGGGAGAGGGAAGAUGACGAUGCUGACGAUCUCGACUCAGCAUUCGCGAGUACCGAAGGGCCGGUCUUGCUGUUGGGGACCUUCCCUCCAGCAACUACGCAAGACCUCAUGGAUUAUCUUCCGCAAAAAGACAUCACCGACCGUCUCAUUGCUCGGUUCUUCAAGGGCAAGGAGCCGGCAUGGUGCGAUGAAGAGGUUCCUGGCAAUAUCGGACCCCCACAGUAUAUCCUUGAUCUCUAUCGGAUCAGAUCCGCGCAGUGUCUCGCCCUCGAUGACUACACUAAGCCCGGGAAGUACAAAGUUGAAGCACUAAUUCUCUACUUUGGUACUGAAUACCUCCGGCUGAGCGAUGCUCAGCGAGGCACAUCCAUCAUGAUGGCCAUCAUCGUCAGAUUGGCCAUGCACUCUGGCUUGCAUCGGGACCCCAAGCACUUCCAAGGGCUUACUGUGUUUGAGCAUGAGAUGCGAAAGAGACUCUGGACUAUUCUCGUCGAAAUUGAUGUGCUGGUGGCCUUCCAGUUCGGCUUGCCCGGCAACGUACAACACAGGUACUUCGACACCGGACUGCCCCACAACCUGCAUGACGAAGACUUUGACGAGACGACGACGGAGCUGCCGCUGGAGCGGCCCCUCACCGAGAGAACUCCUGCCCUAUAUACGAUCGUGAAGUCAAGGCUCGUUGUUGCCUUUGGCGAUAUCCUCGCGAGAAUGGCCGACAGAGACAGUCCAACCUACGGAGAAGUCCUGCGCCUCAAUGAUCAAUUGGAGAAGGCUCACGAGGACAUACCCCCCGUCCUCCGAGCGCGAUCCUUCAGCCUUUCGAUUGGUGACCCGAUUGAUCUCAUCAUGCAAAGGCUGUGGAUUGAACUAAUGUACCUGAAAGCUCGUAUCGUUCUGCACCGUCGCUACUUCGCUCUGGGACGCAAUGACCAACGCUACGCUCCCUCUCGGUUCAACUGCAUUGACGCUGCUACCAAGACCCUCGAGUAUCAAUUUGACGUGAACACCGAGAUACAGCCUGGGGGUCGCCUUUCCAAAGAGAGAUGGUUCUUGUCGAGCCUAAGCACGCACGAUUUUCUUCUGGCGAACAUGAUGCUGUGCCUCGAGUUAUCAUUCCUGCUGCGAGCGUCGACUCCCAGCGACGCAGCGGUUGCGGCAGAGCCCAUCGAGAAGGACAGGCUGCUGCACAUACUCCGUACCUCACGUGGAAUUUGGGGCUCGAUGCGAACUCAAUCGGCCGAGGCAAGCCGCGCAUUCAAGAUCCUAUCUCGGAUGCUGACCAUUUCCACGGGCACGCAGUACGAAAGCAGCCCAGACUCGGCUGCUGAUGGGAACGCGCAGCCUGGCGGAGUGGAUCUGAAUCAGCGGCCUUCCUAUCAGUUCGCCUCUGGCAUGGGUAGCGAUAUAGACUGGGCCAAGGGCACGGGCUGGUUGAGCAAGGCCCUCUGUACGAUUACGGCGCCGUGGUUCGACACGGCAGCUUCAAUGCCAGGAUGCCAGGUUUACUGA